UCUGACUGACACACGGACAUUGUUUGCUUGCUUGACCGAGUAUGAAUUCCAACCUCGUUGAUUUCUUCAAAAUAUUGUGGUAAUUGUUUAAUUACACGUGUAUUUAAAAGGAAAUAUAGGACAUCAGGAACAUUUUAAAUAAUUGUCGAUCAAGAUGACUGCGUCUGAAGUUUCGUAUAAUCGGAAAAUAAUAUCGGAAGAUUUGUCGAAUGUUGAAUUCGACACAAGUGAAGAUGUUGAAGUUAUCCCGACUUUCGAUUCUAUGGGAUUGCGGGACGAGUUACUUCGAGGAAUUUACACCUAUGGUUUCGAGAAGCCGUCCGCAAUUCAACAAAGAAGUAUAUUGCCGAUUGUUAAAGGCCGAGAUGUGAUAGCUCAAGCUCAGUCUGGUACCGGUAAAACUGCUACAUUUUCAAUUUCCAUACUGCAGUCUCUGGAUACUACGUUACGUGAGACUCAGGUUCUCGUUUUGUCGCCUACCCGUGAGUUGGCUACUCAGAUCCAAAAGGUUAUCCUCGCCUUGGGCGACUUCAUGAAUGUCCAGUGCCAUGCCUGUAUUGGUGGCACCAACCUCGGUGAGGACAUCAGGAAGCUGGAUUACGGACAACAUGUUGUGUCAGGAACACCCGGAAGAGUAUUUGACAUGAUUCGGAGGCGUGUAUUAAGAACAAGAUCCAUCAAAAUGCUGGUACUUGACGAAGCUGAUGAGAUGUUGAACAAGGGCUUCAAAGAGCAGAUCUACGAUGUCUACCGUUACCUGCCCCCUGCCACACAAGUUGUGCUCAUUUCUGCUACACUGCCCCAUGAAAUCCUGGAAAUGACUUCCAAAUUUAUGACUGAUCCUAUUAGGAUUUUGGUAAAGCGUGACGAAUUGACACUGGAAGGCAUCAAGCAGUUCUUCGUAGCAGUAGAACGUGAGGAGUGGAAGUUUGACACACUCUGUGAUCUCUAUGACACACUGACCAUCACCCAGGCAGUGAUUUUCUGCAACACUAAGAGAAAGGUUGACUGGCUGACACAAAAGAUGCAAGAAGCUAACUUUACAGUGAGCUCAAUGCAUGGAGACAUGCCUCAGAAGGAGAGAGACAACAUUAUGAAGGAGUUCCGUUCUGGACAAAGCCGUGUCCUCAUCACAACCGACGUGUGGGCGAGAGGCAUAGACGUCCAGCAAGUGUCACUAGUCAUCAACUACGACUUGCCCAACAAUCGUGAGUUGUACAUUCACAGGAUCGGUAGGUCCGGUCGGUUCGGACGCAAGGGUGUCGCCAUCAACUUCGUCAAAUCAGAUGACAUCAGGAUCCUGAGAGACAUUGAACAGUACUACUCUACCCAAAUUGAUGAGAUGCCUAUGAAUGUUGCAGAUUUAAUAUAAGUGAUGAAACUUUACAUUAACCUGUAAAGUUAAUUUUACUGCAUACUCUAGGUUAGGAAGGUGAUAAUUUGCUCACUUUUCUAACACAGUGUAUGCACACCGCUGCACAGUGUAUGCUUACAUGCUGGUUGGACGCACAGUGGUGAAGGAAUUGACAGCACCCUUAUUCUUAAUCAUUCUGUAAGUUUUUUCUAGAUGUAUCUUGGUAUAAUAUCUUAAUAAAUAAAUUUAAAGUAAAA